UCCGGCCUCUCCCUGCUUCCGUCGGCGGAGGAGGAGGAGAAGUGCGAGCAGACGUAUGGAUUCUUGCCGUGCACGACGACGGUGAUGGGUAACUUGUUCCUGGUGAUCGCCUACGGGUUCUUGAUGUUCAAGGCGGCGACCUACCUGUCGUCGGGGAGCGAGCUCUUGCUUGAGAUCUUGGGGCCUGGGCUCGUUGGCGGGCUUUUGUUGCCUAUUCUUGGCGCGCUCCCCGAUGCGAUGCUUAUUUUAGUAUCUGGACUUUCUGGAAGUAAAGAAGAAGCUCAAAAACAAGUUUUAAUUGGAAUUGGCUUGCUUGCUGGUUCAACAGUCAUGCUUUUGACAUUACUAUGGGGAUCUUGUGUUGUUGUUGCCAAGUGUGAUCUCUCAGAGAAUUCAACAUCAGUAGAUUUGCGAGACACAAAACGGUUUAGUCUUUUUGGAUCUGGUAUUACAACAGAUUUGCAAACUACCUAUGCCGCUAGAAUCAUGGCUAUAUCUAUUGUUCCCUUCGUUAUUGUGCAACUACCAAGGAUUUUUAAGUUUCCGUCAGGACAACGUCUGAUGGUUUUGGUAGCAUUCAUUGUUUCUGUUGCACUUGUUCUUUCUUAUUGCCUGUAUCAGGUCUUUCAGCCAUGGAUUCAGAAGAGAAGACUAGCGUAUGCAAAGCAUAAGCAUGUGAUUUCAGGUAUUCUAAGGCAUGCCCAAAUGUCAGCUCUCGGGCGUCUUUUAACCAGUGAAGGAGAACCUAAUGUACCUGUAAUUAAAAAGUUGUUUCGUAAAAUUGAUUUGGAUUCAAGCCAGGCACUGUCACGUGCUGAGUUAAGAGCCUUUAUCAUAGGAGUCCAAUUUGAUGAAAUAGACUUGGAUAGAGAUGAUGCUGUAAAUAAAGUGAUGGAUGAGUUUGAUACAUCGGGCAAUGAAAAUGUUGACGAAGCAGAGUUCAUUAAUGGAAUCUCUAGAUGGAUUAAAGAGGCCAAACACACAGUUGGAGCUUCUGGUGUUUACUCCAAGAAGUUCAUGCAUGAUUUCCAUAAGAGAACAAAGGAUGAACAUAACAUGUUGAUCGAAAAAAGUGAUGAGACUGUAGAGACUGUUGAAAAUCCUACUUGGAUAUCUGUCAAAGCUCUCUUGCUAUUAUUGCUGGGAACUGCGAUGGCAGCUGCAUUUGCCGAUCCUCUUGUAGAUGCUGUUGACAAUUUUUCAGUUGCUACAAAGAUACCUUCAUUCUUCAUCUCUUUUAUCGCAAUGCCUUUAGCUACUAACUCUAGCGAGGCUGUUUCGGCACUUAUUUUUGCCAGCCGAAAGAAGCAAAGAACGGCUUCACUAACAUUCUCUGAGAUAUAUGGUGGCGUAACCAUGAACAACACACUUUGCAUGGCUGUAUUCUUGGCUCUUGUAUAUUUGAGAGGCUUGACGUGGGACUUCUCAUCUGAAUCCCUCAUCAUCCUUCUCGUCUGCAUCGUGAUGGGUCUGUUCACAAGUUUCCGCACUACGUUUCGGCUAUGGACUUGCUCGGUGGCGUACCUGCUCUACCCAUUGUCUCUUAUCAUCGUUUAUGUCCUGGACUUCGUUUUCGGGUGGUCAUAGACUGUGAUGGGAGUGAAUGUUGUACGACGGGGAGAAUGCUAGUGUUAUGCGAGUGUGAUUCUUCUUUCUGAAGUCUUUAGCUUUAAUGGAAAGACAAUAAUAUGUUUUGUAGUGAAAAGAGUCAUUUUUGGUUAUGUUUUUGCCCGUAUUAUUUACUGUGGCCUAUUUGCAAUUGAAACGUGGAAGUGCACUUUUAGCCUUUUAUCU